AUUUUUUUAUCGUAGAUGGGAUGGCGUGAUUUUUAGCGUUAAAUUUUAAUUUUAUUUACUGUUUUACACCGGUAAACAUUUUAGUUUUUCCCGAAUAUUUUUCUGAAAAUAGUUAGAUAUCAUGUGUUUGAACAAACUACUAAAAAGAGUGUAAUUUAGUUUAUUUAUGGUUGUGAUAAAAAAGUGAAAAUGUUUAAUUACAAAUAUUUAACUCGAGAUCAUCUCGAGGGUUUCGACAAUUACAAGUAUAUGUCAAAGGACACAAGCCCUCUGAGUGUAUAUGUGAUGCACCCGUUUUGGAAUAAAGUUGUUGAGCUAGUACCAAGAUGGGUAGCUCCAAACGUCCUAACGUUCGCGGGGUUUCUCCUAACAGUCCUAGACUUUAUCCUACUCUCCUACUACGACUAUGACUACACAGCGGCGAGUGCUAGAGUCAAUGGUACCUCGACUGAACCGUUAAAUGGUCAUACAGAAGUGAUACCACAGUCGCUAUGGUAUUUGCUGGCUGUGUUCCUGUUUUUAGCUUAUACCUUGGAUGGUAUAGACGGCAAGCAAGCCCGCCGUACACAGACCUCAGGUCCUCUAGGUGAACUAUUCGACCAUGGUCUAGAUUCGUAUUCAGUAUUCUUCAUACCGGCUUGCCUUUAUUCCAUAUUUGGCCGGUUGGAUUUCUCUAUUCCGCCUAUAAGAAUGUAUUACAUAAUGUGGAAUUUACUCCUCAACUUCUAUUUAAGUCAUUGGGAGAAAUACAAUACAGGUGUACUGUUUCUACCGUGGGGUUACGAUUUUAGUAUGUGGGCAUCCACCUUCUUCUUUAUGUGGACAGGUGUGAAAGGGACAGCAUAUUACAAGAAGUACAUAUUUGGCAGUUACACAUUGGCCAACGCUUUUGAAUGGGUCAUAUAUGGUACGGGGGUUCUCACCAAUUUGCCUGUUGCUUUGUAUAAUAUUCAACAAUCCUACAAGCUCCGAACAGGCAAGAUGCGGUCCCCGCUAGAAGCUAUACGACCACUAUGGUCGAUUCUGGGCAUUUUUAUUGUAUCUAGCUUUUGGGUACAUAAAACUUCAUUGGUCGAUAAUGACCCUAGAAUGGUGUUCUUGUUAAUUGGAACCUUGUUUAGUAAUGUUGCUUGUCGACUGAUAGUCAGUCAAAUGAGCAACCAGCGCUGCGACUCCACCAACUGGCUGAUAUACCCGCUGAUUAUCAGCGCUGUGACCUCGCUGAUAUUCCCGAGAUAUGAACCCACUGUCUUUUACGCUGUGACUUCGUUUGUGGUGGCUGCCCAUGUGCAUUAUGGCGCUUGUGUGGUACGACAAAUGUGCGACCACUUCAGAAUAAGCUGUUUCCACAUAAAACAGCGCGCAGAUUGACUCUUAGAUGACAAUGUGUGCUAGAAACAUAACAUUUACAACAAAUAAUCAUUCCAAUUUCCAAUACAUUGAAAAUCUUAAUAUGAGAAUAUAACAUUUACUUGUAUGACGUUAAAAGGUCGUCAAAAGUAUCAGAGCGGCGUUGUGUAAAUCAUUCAUUGAAAUUAGCAUCUUAUUUUGUGGCAGUAAUGUUCAAUCUAUGUGCUCAUAAGAAAACUCUGCCUUGUAGACGCGUAGGCAGAGUUUUGCUUCAGACAAAUUUUGAGCAAGAUUAUGAGUUUUGUGUUUCUUGAUAAGUAUGCUCAAUUUCACAAACUCUGGAUAGGUUCUGCCAGUCGGGUUAAGGAUUUAAAUACACGUUGACCAUCUAAUAUUUUAAUAUAUAUUAUAAAGGCGAAAGUUUGUAAGUAUG